AAGAUUUUUCAAUCAUCUUGAAUACGUAGAUUCUACUAAAGUUUAUAGACUUAGAAUAAUGCAACUGCGAUCUAACUAGCAUCGUAGAAUACGACGAACAACCUGGGUUCAAUUACUUUACGUUAUCUUUUGCACGGUCUUCGAAAUUUCGCGAUGAAAUACAGGAAAUAAACAAAUCCCAUAGAAUUGCAUAAUGUCAAUUUUACUUAACCUUCAAAAUUUUGUUGGGCAUUAUUUUGAAAUUUUAAUGGCAAACAGUGUUUCUUCAUUUCGUUUUUGAAAUAUUUUGAUAUGGCUUUAUUAUGGAGUAACUCAGUUCCUCGCAGUAAAAAACUUGAUGAAGGCCUAUAUUCAUUGAGAUUGUUGUCUUUGGAAACCUUCCAUUUUGUAUUGGAUAAAAUUCAAUCAAAAGAAAUGUUUAGUGAUAAUGACAUAGAAAAUUUGAUGAAAAAGCAAAAUAUAAGUGAUACCCAAACUAGACAUAUAAUAGAAACUAUAUCAUUUAUGCAUAAACACUUGUCCAAAGUAAUAUUGAAACCUAAAGAUUUGAAAAUGGUCAUGAUCAAAAACUUCAAUAUUGAAGAAGAUAAAGCACACUUGUGGAUCAAGAUUUGGACUGAAGAUAUGGGCCGAAAUUUCAAUUUGGGAAAUAUGAAUGAACUUCAAAAUGUAUCUUGGGAACUGAACUUACAAGCUGCUUCCACAUUAUUCAGAAAAGAAGCAGUACCUACUGCAACAAUACAAUUGAAGGGUUCUAAUGAUAAUACUGUCCUCUGUUUAGACGAAGAAGAGCUAGUAUAUUUAUACAACCACUUAGAAAAUAUACAAACAAAACUAGAUAUGUAUACUUCUAAUGUUAGAGAUUAAUAUAUUUUUUGUAAAGAUAACUAGGUAAGUGCACUUAGUUUUUUUUGCACAAUUAAUUUUCUGACAAUAAAAGUGAAGAUAUUUUUGAAAAAUAAAUUUUUUAUCAAGA